UUAAUCGCCAGUAGUCUGUGUCAAAUUAAAAGUCCUCUCUAAAAAGCUUCUAUCUUCGAUUUUGAACAAUCUGCUGUUCGUUGCUGACAACAACAACCCGACGCGUUUGAUCCCACUCGGUUUGAUUUUGACACCAAAGACAGACGAUGAACUUUGUAAACGAAGAGUUGUUUUGGUUUUCAGGCUCUUCGUUGUAUUUUUAACUUGUUUACGUCGGGGCGCCCGUCGAACUGGAGACUGACUUCACGACUGUUUUCCUCCCAAUGUUAAAACCUGCACUGACUCGUCUGGACCUAGAUCUCUGUGGGUUCCUGUCUGAUGCAGCUAGCCUGAGAUUGGAUGAAUGCCAAACCCUUCACCGGACUCCAUGUCUUUCUUGGCUCCACAUUUUCCUCACCACUCCCCCCUCAUCCUGCAGAGCAAGUCUCACUUGUGUUCCUCCCUCCCCUCCACCAGGACUGUUCCUGCAUCUCCCACGCUCAGGUCCAGCCUAUAGACAUAGAGGAGCAGUAUGAGGACACCAACCACCAGUUCCUGAGCUGUGACGGGUCUGAAUACACUCUGCAAGGACCAGCAGGUGGCGAUGACAUCACAGUACUGUCGACUGAGCCAACCCACUACCAGCUACUGUCUGAGCUUGGUAGGGGCUUCAAUAACCUGAGCCAGGUGAGCAUGGCACGGCACAUCCCGACUGGCCAGCUGGUGGCUGUCAAACAAACCAACCUGGAUGAGUGCACCGAAGAGGAGCUGCUGCAGCUUAUGAACGAGGUUCUGCUGUCCAGGUUUUUACGCCACCAAAACCUGCUGACCUCUCGGCUGGUUUUCAGCUCUUGCUGCCAACUGUGGGUCCUAACACCGCUCAUGGCCUAUGGCUCUGCUGACACCUUACUGAGGACAUAUUUCCCUGAUGGAAUGAGUGAAUCCCUGAUAGCUUACUUGCUGUAUGGUGUACUGAAAGCGUUGGAAUACCUGCAUCGGAUGGGCUAUGUUCACCGGGGCGUGAAGGCCAGUCAUAUCCUGCUGUCAGGGAAGGGGCGUGUAUACCUCUCAGGGCUCCACAGUGUUUACAGUAUGAUGCGUGAGGGAAAGAGGAUGAGGGCGGUGUUUGAUAUGCCCCAUCACAGCCCUGCCCUUCUGCCCUGGCUCAGCCCUGAACUACUGCGACAGGACCUGCAUGGUUACGGAGUCAAGUCAGAUAUCUACAGUUUAGGUAUCGUUGCCUGUGAACUGGUCAGUGGCAGGGUGCCUUUUCAGGACAUGCCACCCACUCAGAUGCUGCUUCAGAAGCUACGCGGCUCCCACUGCUGCUUGCUUGAUGUGGCCCCCUUCCCACUGGGUGAGCUGGGGGGCCUGAAGGUGUCACGGUCUGGGGUGGACUCUGGCAUUGGGGAGAGUGUGGCCACGGGAAGCCUGACACACAGCGCCACUGCUCCUCCCUCUGACCGACCUCAGAGCCCUGGACCCAAAAACCACUCGGCCACCCUGCACAAUCUGGUCCAGCUGUGUCUGCAGCAGCAGCCUGAGCGCAGACCAUCAGCUUCUGCACUGUUGACCCACGCCUUCUUCAAGCAGGUGAAGAGGCACAGAAGAGACUCCUUCCUCAGCCUCAUGUACCCAGCGGUGCCACUCACCAGCCCCGAGGAGCCUCCAGUAUCCUGCCCCCCCGGUCCGUCCUGCCACGCUCUGACAAUGCCCACCGCCGACACUCCUGAGGCUGUGUGGGACUUCUCCUAACCCCCUCCCUCAUUUUCCAAUACCUGCCCCAAGAUUGCUGAAAGCCAUGACUAGUAAACCAAACUCAAGACAAUCAAAACAAAGUGGCCACACUCUACUGUGCUUUUAUUUUUUUCUUAUUAUUAACCUAACUCUCUGAGCCUUUUGAAGUAGUCUUGUAGGUUUAUUUUUGUAUGUGUUCAUCUAAUGCAUAUGUGGACUUGGUUGUUGGUGAGGUGACAGUGACAGUGCUGAUCUAAGAAGCUGCUCUGGUAAUGAUCCAUAAUAAUGAUCAGGGAUUAUCGACGAGUCACAGGAUAACAGAUUAUUAGUUGACUACUAAUCACACUCUUCCUAUGAGGCAAAAGGCAACUACGAGUUAAAGAAGUCCAGCCAGAUAUACUUCAUUGUUAAACACAGAUAUCUGUGUUUAACAGUUUACGUUUGGAACACAGUGUUAUGUUGUUUUUGACUAAGUCGUUUCUCCGUUAAGGUGUUAUGUGACUGUGAAUGGUGAAUACUGUGGUACAGAAAAAGAGGUUUACAGCUGAUAUGUGCAAAUAUGUUCACCUAUAUCAGAGCUUUUCAAACUGAGAUUUGAAAAAGUCCCCGCUUAUCACUCCAGAACCUGCCUGAGAAUCAUUACGUUUGUUUUUUUGAGACUGACAGUAUGACAGUGACAGUUGUCUGUACAUUCAUUGUCAUCCACUGCACCUAGGAAGUGGCAAAAGCUAAUUCAGCAAACAAUAUAUAAGACUCCAUGGCAACAUUACACAUCAGCUAUCAAUCAUGACGCUACAUCCUGUUUUUACAGCAUCAAAAAACUAAUUAAAACCAAACUUAGCAGAACAAUUUGCAGUUGAACAUAGAACAUAACAUAAGAACUUAAAAAGACAGAAACCAACUUGAAGAAAACAUUUUUCACCUAUACUUUGUAUUUUAAGUUGGUCCACGUCCCAUCCUCUCUACAUUAUAUACAGUCUAUAGUCUUGAACAGUAAUUAGACAUUUUGACCACAAUUUACCAGGUUUUACUUCAGUUUACAAAACAGACCUUGAUCACUAAUGUAAAUAUAUUUUGCUGUAUGUAUAUGCCCAUGUAUUCUUGUAUAUUCAUUUGAAAUGUUUGCCUAUGAGCUAAUAGGAUAAGGUGCAACCUGGCUUCUUAAAAAAGAAGCACUUGAGCAAUAGAAUCUCUCUCUCUCAAUAUAUAUAUAUAUAUAUAUAUAUAUAUAUAUAUAUAUAUAUAUAUAUAUGUAUUAGUAUUUCAUGUAGGAGUUAGGUUAGAAACCGUCAGUAGAUGAAGGUAAUCACCUUCCCUGUCCUGAUCAUUAUUGAUAUGGCAAAAGACAAAUAUCUACUCUGUGAUCACUUACACAACAAUGCCUUUAUGUUUUACUGAAACCUGCAAUCUGAAUAUGGUGACUGAUCUCUUAACUGUGAUGUGUACUGUGUAUAGAAACUGUGAUUUGCGGUACAAAAUCAAACCUGAUAGCUGUAUGAGCCUGAUAUAUACACACAUAAAUGAUAUGUAUCGAUUAA